AUGGGCUUUCCACUACCACCGGAGUUGAUACAGAUUGUGUUGGAGUUCAUUAUUGCCGAUGAGAACGCCAACGUGCCCCCAUAUGUCACUCAGAGUACCAAUUUGGCCCCAUAUGCCACUGUCAACCGCGACUGGCAGGCAAUCAUCGAGAGCCAAACCUUUUCAAGUAUCAAGAUCGACACAAACAAGCGACUAGCAGAGUUCAAACAGUUGCCAUGGGACCAGUUAUCGUGGAGCCAAAGAAGAAGCCAUAUACGGAAAAUCCAUUUUAUCGUGGAGCUGGAGUCGUAUGAUGGCGAGGCUCGCACACGGUACGAAAAUGAAGAGGAGAUACAGCGAAACAGCAAAGCUUUUACUACUUCAAUUCAGUCACUAUUCAAUGCUCUAUCCGAAUGGUCGGACAACGAAGCGGGCAUCAGUCUUUCGAUUAUGGCGCAGUCCCCCGGCGAUAUUAGCGCCCAAGGCCCCGAGGCAAUGAAGCAGCGCGGGUGGGGAAAAUCACAUCUCUUAACUGAUGACAUCGGGCACAAGCGAUAUGACAGAUCGUAUCUCCAAUUCAACGAGGAAGCCGUCGGUGCUCAAUGCCGAGCUGUCCCUAUAAUCACCAGACUUGAUAUUAUAGGGGCGAUGGGUCAUAGGAAACUCGAGCCAGCCUCCAGUUCUCUUAUCGCGUCGAAGUUGCCUCGACUGCACGAUCUGUACCUUACCUUGGAUGAUAAUUGCAAAUGGGAUUCCCAAUUAAGAGAACGUCGGCGGAAUGAAUUUGCGGACUCUAGUCAGUUUUUGCCUCUUACUAUACGCGUUCUCAGCUUUGGUUUCGCCUAUAUAACCCCAGAAGAUGAAAAUUAUCCUCCAGCGGCUUCAACGGUAGAAGGAAACACGGAUCCUCUAAGCUCGCGUUUACGAGAAUUUUCCCAACAAUUGACAGUGAUGGGUGGGAACCAAUGUGUCUUAGGAAAAGAACUUUUCUGGCCGUUGAAUGAUUAUAUACCUAUCACGCCAUGUGGGAAAUGGAUGUUUGAACAGGACAACGACGCCGAGGAGCCCGAUUAUGAUUCAGAUGGUCUUGGCUCCUACUAUGAUGAUAUGGAUGACACCGAUCUGGAUUGGGUUCCUCCAGAGGACCGCAAGUGCAGACUAUUCCGAACCAAAUUCGUACACGAAUUGUUCAAUCAAUAUUAUUUAUCAGCUGGCAAGGCUGCUCUUCGGAUGCCUAAACUAGAUUCCAUGUUAUUGGACGUUUCGCACCGACCUCAACACCGGUUUUGGUAUCAGGUGGAGAACGAAAUGGCGAAAGUGACCUGGUCUAGUGAGGAUGACCCUAAAGCAUUUGAACCAAGCGAAGAGGUCUUGCAAAUUUGGAAUCAAGUUGCUUUGGAACACACCGGUAAUGGCUUAGAGGUUGAAUUCCAAUUAUAUUAA